AUGUCAAUGACCCACGGCGGCUCCAGCAGCGCAGACGCCACGCCCGAGCAGAAGCGGAGGCCAUCAUUUGGUUGGCGACGCGUUCUCCUCGGUGUGGCGGUGGUUGCUGUGAUGGCGGCAGCGUGGCGCAGCGUGUACCAGGCGAAUCAGCGCGAACUUUUCGCGCGGCGACGGCAGCAGCAGGACAGAAUACUGGCUGCUGCGCUAGCGGAGGUUCCAGGCAGACGCUUUUCGGUCACCGACGUAAACCCUGAGGUCCUACGGAAGAAUGCCUUGGUCGAAUGA